AUGCUCAGGCGCGACACGCUUGCCCAGCUGGGGCGGGCCCUCCAGGGCUGCUUCCAGCACACCCUGGACACCCUCAGCCGGGAUGACACGGGCCGGGCGCUUGAGGAGGCACGCAGCCUCGCCGCGCUGCUGGAGCGCAUGGGAGCAAAGGAGCUGAGCGUCGAGGCGGCGGUGGCGGGGACGCUGAGCCACCUGCAGGCCCACCUCGAGGAGCGGGCGACGCGGAACGCCUCUGCGCCCUGGCUCGCCGAGGCUCUUGAGUACACUGCCUCCUGGCCACUCCGCCUCCUGCAGCAGCUCCUGCCCGAGGCGGGGGCCUCUGGCUGGCACCUGUGGGAGCAGCGCCUGCGCUACUUUGUCUACGAGCGGGCCGGCCUCAUCUUCACCGACUCCCUUUUUGACCUGGUGGUGGACUUCCCCGACAGCCUGCCGACCCUACACGACCUGCGUGCCUGCCUGGAGAACACCAGUCUCCUCAGCCAUGUGGCGCAGUGCUUUGCUGCAGCCACCAAGAAGCGCCUGCUCCAUCCAGGCGCGGCCACAUCGGACAUCGUGCAGCAGUACAUCUUCUCCAUUCGGGCCAUGCGCCAUGUGGACCCCACAGACACGGCCCUGGCCCCGGCACGCGCGGCCACACAGGACUACCUGCGCACGCGGCGGGACGCCAUCCGCUGCAUUGUGGGCCUGCUGACGGCCGACGAGGAGGGCGAGGACAACGUGGUGCUGGAGGAGCUGGAGGGCGAGGGCGAGGCCGGCGGCGCAGGGGUGGGCUGGGGCAUGGGGGUCCCUCUGAUACCCUGCUUUGACGGGCCGGAUGCGGACCUCCAGGCCCUGGCCGAGGCUGAGCGCUGGCGCCCCGAGCCAGUGGAUGCCGUGGAGCGUGUGACCGGCAGCGAUGCCGUGUCGCAGCUGGUGGGCAUCUGGGGGUCAAAGGACCUCCUCGUGACCGAGUACCGGUCCCUGCUGGCCGACAGGCUGCUGGCCAAGCAGGGCUACGACUGCGACCGGGAGCUGCGCACCCUGGAGCUGCUCAAGCUGCGCUUCGGGGACGCCGUCCUGCACACCGCCGAGAUCAUGCUCAAGGACCUGGCGGAUUCCAAGCGCAUCAACGCCAACAUCCGGUCGGCAGCCCGAUGCGCUGCCCGCGGCGAGCGGGCCGCCACCGUCACCGCCACCAUGCUCUCCGCCCUGUACUGGCCCCAAGGCAGCGUGCCUGCCCCCGACGAAGCGGACCUGAGGCUGCCGCCCGACGUGGGCAGCUGGCUGGAGGAGUACGGCCAGGCCUACCACGCGCUCAAGGCGCCGCGCAAGCUGCAGUGGUGCCCGUCCCAGGGCGUGGUGCAGCUGGAAGUGACGGUGGGGGACCAGGCCCUGGAGCUCACGGUGACCCCUGCGCAAGCCAUCACCCUACUGAGCUUCCGAGAGCGCAGCGAAUGGGGCGAGGCUGAGCUGGCAGAGCAGACGGGCCAGACGCCCGCCAUGGCGCGACGGAAUGCCAGCUUCUGGGCCAUGGCAGCAUACGAGCCGUUCAUCCUGGGAAUGCUGGCGAAUUUUGACAGCCUGCCCCAGGACCGCAUCCACAACAUGCUCAAGAUGUUUGUGUCCGAUCCGCCCUACGACAAGACCCUGGACCAGCUGUCUGCCUUUCUCGCUCACCUGGUGGCCCAGGAGCGCCUCACGUGCGGGGGGGGCACCAUGUACAAGCAGAAACUUUAG